CUGCUUUUCUCUCCUCCAAAACCCGUUUUAAUGACCGCCGAAACCACCCUCCAUGGGCUCCAGCAGCAGCUUUCAAGCAUUGCCACGCCAUUCAGCCAAGACUAUUUGAAGACAAUUCGCACCGUCUUGAUCCAAAAGACUCUCGGCCCACCGUCGAACCUCGCACUGCCAGCGGACGCGGCGACGACAUUCUUCACACAGCUCCUCGCGACCGUCAACGAUCCCGCAAUAUCGCAGCCGCACCGUGCGCUAGCCGCCGAAACCGUUUCCGUAUGGCUCAUCCGCACGCGAGCGCACGACAGCCUCCGCGCGCCGUUCCCCGCCGCACUCGGAAAGCUCGGCGAUGUGUUCCUGGCGCACUUCGAUGACGCGACUUCGCUGUUGGCGAAGGCUCUGAAGGAUCUACUGGCGAAUGUGCUGGCGCUUGCGACCCGGUUAGGUGUGGCGGAAGAGGUGUUGGACUCGCUGGCGACGAAGGGGCUAGCCGGCGUGUCGGUCGGCGAGGGAAGGAAGGGUGCGUACUAUGCGCUCGAUCUGGCGGUCCGGAAGGGGGUCGGCGCGGCUUCCGUCUUUGAGAGAGCCGGUGGUGCCCAGAAGCUGGUAAGGCGGCUGUUGGCGAAUCUGGUGGAUCGGGACCGUGCACCUUCGAUCGGGAAGCUGGUGGUUGGUCUGUUGAAGGCGAGGCGAAAGGAGUUGGGUGAUGGGAAGGGGGAGCAGGAAUGGAUGCAUAUCUGGGAAGCGCCGCUGAGGGAUGCUAUGAGGAGCGAGGAAUUGAGACAUCGGGUGGUGACCUACGUUCUGUUAGGGGUGAUGGGACUCAGCGCCGAAUGUUUCCGGAUAUUCUUGGAAGGGUUCGGACUCGAUCAACAUGGAAAUCUCAAGGACAUGGGGGAUAGCGAUUUAGGGGCACUAUUAUGCUGCUUGAAGGCAGGGAAGGAGCUUGGGUUCGUAGGGGAGAUUGGUGAUGCGGAUGCCACUGCACCCACAACUACAAAAGCCCCUACGAUACGAUUGCAGCCAGACCUGGUAACACCACUUCUCGGCCACGCUUAUGCGCAUAUCCGACUCUCCGCCUUUAAUCUUGUCAUUCAAUCCACAUCGAUCACUCGGCCGUUCACUCACGAAGCACUCGCUCUCCUCGAGUCUGCCCUACCUCCCCUCUUCGUGGAGUCGGAUGCCGAAACUCGAGAUCAAAUCAUCGGUGGUCUCCGCAGUUUGAUUGAGCGCCUUGCCCAGUCCACUUACUCUUGCGAGAAGGAGCUCAGGAACGUGCAGCUGAAACUGCGGUCCGGCCAUCGACCUUCAAAAGACGACAUCCACAACAUGAUACAACUGGAUUCGCGGAUACGCGAUGCAAGCAAUUUCUGUGAAUCGUAUAUCAACUUCCUCGAAACGCUGUUAUGGCCGGGUGCAAACUAUCAACGUUGCAUUAUGGGGUUGCGUGCCAUGUCAUUUCUGAUCCGCUCGGGCGUGGAUGCUUCGUUGGCAGAAUCCACAUUUUCAGCUUUACCCGGAAAUGGAUCUAUCGCGUCCGACGGGGAACCUUUUAAGAAAGGAGUCUUCAAGUGGCCGGCAUUCUCGCAGAAAUUCCGUGUGUUUACCCCUGGAAUCAAGACUCUACUUCUGGAGGUCAUGUCGAAUGCGUUCGAAGAUGUCCGCAUCAUGUCUUCGGAGCUUCUACGGUUCGACAUCAGGUGGGAUAAGUCCAUCCUAAUACCUUUCUUGGAGCGUGGCAUGAAGGCUAUGAAUGAGAGCGGACGACUGCGAGACUCCGACGGCGUGGCUAGAACUGUGUCUCUGAUCUUUGACCUGGUGAAGAGAGGAGAUAUUUUCUUCGAGGAGGGCGAGAUGAUCCGGGGCUCCCCGAUAGGACAGGGACACAUCGGCAUUGUCACGUGGUUGCUCGGUGUGAUCGAGAAAGAUUAUCUUGCCAUGGCGAGCGAGGAUUUAUCGCGUGCGGUCAGGGAAAGGCCUGUCCAUGGACUAUUUGAGUCUCUAGGAAUGGUCUUGCGAGGUGUCUACCGCACAAAUCUCUCAGAGGAAUCUGUGCAGCUGCAGAAAGAAGUGCACGAGCGAGUAUUCAGGACUUGCGAGGAAAUCUGGAGACUGACUAAAGCACCCCUAUGCUUCCAAUCGCCGGAGGGCUACGUACCGAGUGAGAUGGACGAGGAAGACGAGGAUAUGAAUACACAGACGUUAAUGUCGUAUUCGUGGAGGGCUGUUAAGGAGUCAUCCGAGCUCCUGGGCUUGAUGCUUGGAGAAGCGCCGUUACCAACUCUCAACUCCAUGGAUUUUGAAAGAGGAGGCAAUCUGUUGCUACAGCAACUGGGUGACAUCCGCCAUCGGGGUGCCUUUUCCGCUGUGGCGCCGUCUUUCGCUGCCUUAUGCACACGGUGCUUCAAAUCUACGGAUUCUGCACUGGAGGAACUUCCCAAAACAUGGCUUGCCAACAACCUCGAUUCCAUCAUGGAGAAGUCCAGCGUCAUCACACGCCGCUCCGCUGGCCUACCAUCGCUGAUCGUGGGCGUACUUGCUUCCGAACCUAAUCCCGAUCGCCCACUGCUUUCGAGCACGUUUGCCCGCCUCCUCGAGAUCGCAACCCUCCCGGCGGCUGUGAGCAAGGACGGAGACAAGGUGGACCUCCCGCAGGUCCACGCUCUAAAUUGCAUCAAGUUCCUGUUUACAGAUGCUCGGGUAUCGCAAGUAGUCGUACCCUACAUCGGGGUGGGGCUGGAAGUCGCCGUCUCCUGCUUCGGCUCUGAGGUCUGGGCGAUCCGCAACUGCGGUGUGAUGUUGUUCACGUCACUCACAAACCGGCUCUUUGGACUGCGGAAGAGCAGGAACGAUUAUCACAGCAACUUUACUACUCGUUCGUUCUUUGAGAAAUAUGCGGCGGUGCGUUCCGUUUUGUUGAAUAAUCUCCAGGAGAAGGUGGGGGGACUGGAGCGUGGGGAGGCUUCCUCUGUUGAGAUGGUUUAUCCUGCGCUUUCUCUCAUUGCUCGGAUGGAGGUGGAUCCCGAGUACGAGGGCAUGGAAGAGUUCCGUGGGUUAGUAUUGGAAUGCAUGCGAUCGCGCAUUUGGAAGGUCCGUGAGAUGGCCGCAAGGGCGUACACUGCGCUUGUGGGACCGGGCCAAGUCUUGAAUGUCAUAGCUGAGUUGAUGGCUGUCGGUACAGAGAAGCAGAACGUUCUGCAUGGCAACUUGUGUGCAGUCCGGGCAUUGUUGGAACGAAGGGUCGGACAGGCUGUUCUCGAGGAAGUUGAGCCUGGAUCUGUCUGGAAGAGCAUCGGUGGUGUGUUCCAGGAAACGUUUGAUUGCUUGGUAGUGAGGAAUCGAAGUGCGGUCACCAAGGCUGUGAUGAUGCACAUUUUAACAGCACAUGCCGUCGAUAUUCUUGGAGAUGCGGACCACGCCGGACUCGCGGAGUGCAUCGGGAGUUACAUACUCCGGUGCGAUGUAUCCGAAGAGUGCAACCAAUCUUCUGUGAUUGGGCGCUCAUUUUUGAAGGAGCAUUUAGUUUCGUUCCAUCUUACUUAUACCCGCCUUCUACAGCAUGCGCCAGACCAGUUCUCCGAGGCGCUUAAUGGCCUUCUACUUUGCGCCGACGAAGAAAUCAAUCUCUACACAGUCAACUUUAUUUUAGCUUUGGAGAAAUUGCCGGAAAUGACCACAGUAUCCAAAGAGACUAUGCGGCAGCAACUCUGGAAUAUGGUAGCAAAUCACCAGUGGGACUUGGUGGUCGCCAGGGCUCUCACUCUACUGCAUCGUUGGUACACCGAGUACGACGACUGUGUCGAUGGGUUGACAGAUAUGACGGACGCUGUGGCGUCGUUGAUGGCCAUGGUUCGAACCCCACGGACAGAACCAAUCAAGGAAGCCUCACUCUCCCUUCUUGGCCCACUGAUCGCCAAAAUCCCUGCCGAGAAACGCGAAGAACCACUGCGAACACUCCUCGCCGAGCUAUCUAAAUUUUCGCAAGAAGAGCCAUUCACAACACGUCUAGCAGCUUUGACAUGCCUCGCCUCGCUUGCCCCGCUUCUCAAACUCUCCGGGGAACCAGACGAGAGCCUGAUCUCUUCAUACGUCCUACUGUUCGAUUUUCUCAACGAUGACGACGACGAGAUUCGCCUCGCGGCGUCGCGCAUCGCAAAGACUGUCCUUCCCGGAGAACAGAUUCUGUUGCUGCCCCAGGUUGCCGCGCGAAAUCUCACCCUCGCGCUGCGAAGAGCUUUCCCUACGUCUCAAAUCCUCCUGCGGGAAGCAAUGGAGCGAGUCACAGGUGUCAGGGGAGACAUCUCGGCUGCGGCGGCGAGAACCGCAUGGGAACAGGCGACAAAGCGCGAUACAAUUCUGUUCCGCAGGGAGAAACAGAAUCUGUGGGUAGAUACUAAGGAGGUCGUGCAAGUGUGGGGCUUGGUGGCGCAGUUGCUUGUGGCUAGGGGCGGAAGUGUGGAGGGCCUGAAGGAUUGGUUGGAGGCGGCGAAGGAGUGUGUGGGAAGUAUGGAGGGCAGGGACGAACCUGGUGGAUUGAAAAGUGAAGAGGAGGUUGCGGUGUUUGUGGAGAGGGUUGAGAUUGUGGGGAGGAUUUGUGGAUAGACGGAUGGAUACCCGAGCCCAUAGACAAGUACAUGAGUACAUGAUAACAUACGAGGUAAGCGUUAGAGGAAAUUCAGAUCAAUUUCGUUUAAAGUUGCUAUGACGUGAAGGGAGCAAACCUGAUACUUCAAGAUGGUCAUACGGUGAUGCAUUGUGAAACAAAGUCU